GUAUGAUCGCAGCAAUAGGCAUCAGUCGAUCACCAAAAGCUCAACAAUGAAGACCAUUCUCCUCCUCUGCCUGGUGGCUGUGGCCGCGGCCGACCAGAGUGCACGGAUCGCCAACUUCCAGUACGGCAUUGAGGAGGACGGAUCCUAUGCUGCCAAGUACGAAACUACCAACGGCAUCAAGUCUGACGAAGACGGCAUCUCGUACCCCGGCAACAUUCCCGAGUCUGGUAACUACGUCAGGAGCGGCACCUACUCGUACGAAUGGGAGGGCGUCACCUACACUGUGAACUGGACGGCCGACGAGAACGGCUUCCACCCGGAGGGUGACCACAUCCCCGACUUCAGCCACACUCGCGAGCACAUCGGUGGUGUUGACGAUCAUGAGUAAAUUUGUGAAAAUCAUUCAUCUACAGUAGUCUCUCAUCAGAUUUUGACCGGCGCUGUGGCUGUGGCCACUGUGUGGAACACUAAAACGCCAUCAUAGCCUGCUAUAUGUGUUCGUCCACGUCUCUAUAUGUGUUUGUCCCGUGCAAUGUGUGUCAUGUGACUCGUCCACUUGUUGUGUCCCGAAACACUAAAGGAAUACAAUUAUUUUUUUAAU